AUGUCGGCUGAAGAGGAUCUGAUCGACUAUUCCGACGAGGAGCUGGCAACAAACGAGGCUACCACCGCCACCAACGGCAAGAAGACCGACGCUGCCGCUUCAGGCAAUAGUGUUGACAAGAAGGGAUCCUAUGUCGGCAUCCAUGCUACCGGUUUCCGUGAUUUCCUGCUGAAGCCUGAGCUUCUUCGCGCCAUCGCCGAUUGCGGUUUCGAACAUCCAUCGGAGGUCCAGCAAACCUGUAUUCCCCAGGCUCUCCUCGGAGGUGAUAUUAUCUGCCAGGCAAAGUCGGGUCUCGGUAAGACGGCUGUGUUCGUUCUCACUACCCUCCAACAGGUCGAACCUGUUGCUGGCGAGUGUUCCGUCUUGGUCAUGUGCCAUACCCGCGAGCUGGCCUUCCAGAUUCGAAACGAGUACAAUCGUUUCAGCAAGUAUAUGCCGGAUAUUAAGACCGGUGUCUUCUACGGCGGUACGCCUAUUCAGAAGGAUGCCGAAAUCCUCAAGAACAAGGAAACCCAUCCCCAUAUUAUUGUUGGCACCCCAGGUCGUCUCAACGCUCUUGUUCGAGACAAGUACCUUCGCCUGACCAGCGUUCGAAUCUUCGUUCUUGAUGAAUGUGACAAGAUGCUUGACGCUAUUGAUAUGCGACGAGAUGUUCAGGAUAUUUUCCGAGCAACUCCGCAGCAAAAGCAGGUUAUGAUGUUCUCCGCCACGCUUUCCGACGAAGUGAAGCCGAUCUGCAAGAAGUUCAUGCAGAACCCUACCGAACACUACGUAGAUGAGGACACUAAAUUGACUCUUCACGGCUUGCAGCAAUAUUACGUCAAGCUUAAGGAACAAGAGAAGAACCGUAAACUUAACGAGCUUCUUGAUGAGUUGCAAUUCAACCAGGUCAUCAUCUUCGUCAAGAGCACGAUCCGUGCCACCGAACUCGACAAGUUGCUUCGCGAAUGUAACUUCCCAUCUAUUGCAGUACACUCGGGAGUCAGCCAGGAAGAGCGUAUCAAACGCUACAAGGAGUUCAAGGAAUUUAACAAGCGCAUCUGUGUCGCUACUGAUGUGUUUGGUCGAGGCAUUGAUAUUGAACGUAUCAACCUGGCUAUCAACUAUGAUUUGCCUGCCGAUGCUGAUUCUUACCUACACCGCGUUGGUCGUGCCGGCCGAUUUGGUACCAAGGGACUUGCAAUCUCGUUUGUAAGCACUGAUGCAGACCAAGAAGUGCUGAAGUCAAUUGAGAAGCGAUUCGAAGUCGCCCUUCCUGAAUUCCCUAAGGACGGCAUUGAUGCUAGCACGUACAUGGCAUCUUAA